AUGGCUACUGAAGAUGAUUCAAUUGACCAAGCUGUUGCAGCACGUCGUGAGAGGCUGAAAGCUCUAAAAGCUGCACAAGAACUGUUGAACACCCCGGAUGAGGAUUCUGUGCAAGUUGAGGAUAAGAAAAAUAAUGACAAUGAUUCUAGGGAAGAAACGAAUCCUAACAUGAAAUUUCGAAAUUAUGUUCCUCAUGAUGAGCAUCUUCAAGAGGGAAAGGUUGCUCCUCCAGUAGUACCGAAGUUCGAAGACCCUGUUGCAGCAAUGCCUCCACCAUCAGAGAAGGAAGAGGAUCCAUUCGUAAAUAUAGCUCCUAAGAAACCAAACUGGGACCUCAGGAGGGAUGUGCAGAAAAAGUUUGAUAAGCUGGAAAGACGAACUCAUAAGGCAAUUUAUAAACUCAUGGAAAAGAUUGCACUUGGCUCUGGCCUGUACCUUUUGUACUUCUUGUUGAGCUAG